GCAGAGAGGCUUGUGAACGGCGAUGCGCGCUCCCGAUAAUAAACAUCUGACGCCUUCAUCCGGGAACUACCACGAACUCGCUCUCCAACAUGGCGGCGUCAGCUAAGAAGAAGAAUAAGAAGGGGAAGACCCUCACCCUGACUGACUUCCUGGCAGAGGACAGCAGUGGCAACAGCGCCCCUGCCCCCCCCAGCUACCCGGCCAAGUCCACAAGCUGGGCCGAUGAGACUGAUGAUCUGGAUGGCGAUGUCUCAACAUCGUGGCACACUGAUGAGGAUUCGUACAGGGCACCAGCUAUCGACCGCUCCAUCCUGCCCACGGCCCCUCGCUCAGCCCGCGAGCCCAAUAUUGACCGGUCCAAACUGCCCCGCAGCCCGCCGUACACGGCCUUCCUCGGCAACCUGCCCUAUGAUGUCACUGAGGACUCCAUAAAAGACUUCUUCCGUGGCUUGGCGAUCAGCGCAGUGCGUCUGCCUCGCGAGCCCAGUAACCCAGAGAGACUGAAGGGUUUUGGUUAUGCUGAGUUUGACGAUGUGGACUCCCUGCUCAGGGCCCUCAGCCUCAACGAAGAGAACCUUGGGAACCGAAGGAUUCGUGUUGAUAUUGCAGACCAGUCUAAUGAUAAAGAAAGAGACGGGAUUAUGGGAGGCCGAGAUAGAGGGAUGCGGAUGGCAGACAUGGGACCUGACAAGACGGACAGUGACUGGCGAGCUCGGCCAAGUUCAGAUGCCGAUGACGGACCCCCAAAGAGGGAUGAUGCUUUUGGAGAAAGAUCUCGGGACCGUUACGAGUCGGAUCGUUACAGAGAUGGGCCACGGCGUGACAAUGAUCGUUAUGAUGGAGGAAGAGACCGCUACCGUGAUCGCUAUGACGACAGAGAUCGCCGGGAGCGCUACGAUGACAAAGGGGGUUUUGACUCCCGUGGUGGAGGAGGUCGUCGUGCCUUUGGUACUAGCUUCCGUCGAGAGUAUGAUGACAAUCGGGGUAGUAGCGACCGCUACGGUGACCGCGAUCGUUACGGUGAGCGGGAGGACCGGUACGAGAGACGAGAGGAGAGGCGCGAGGAGCGCGGCGGUGACACUGGUCAACAAAGACCCAAGUUAGUUCUGAAGCCUCGCUCAGUACCAAAAGAGGAGGAAAGUGUUGGCAGCAGUGGUGGUGGUGGUGGUGGUGGUGGUGCUACUCCUCCAGCUCCUCCCCCGAGCUCCGCCGGCAGGGCCUCCUCCAUCUUUGGUGCAGCUAAACCAGUUGAUACAGCAGCCAAGGAGAGGGAGGUGGAGGAGAGGCUGAAGAAGGAGGAGGAGAGGCUGCAGAGGCAGCUGGAGGACGACAAAGGCCGUGGUGCACCUGACAGAAAGAUGAGAGACAGAGACCCGGGUUGGCGCAGUGAGGAACCUCCCGCUGAGAGGUCUCGCACUGGAAGUGAGUCUUCACAACCAGGAAGCACCAGUGGAAGAGGAUCAAGGUGUCGAGAUAGCGAGCGCUCUGGGGAGAAUGAGGUUUUCUCUAGCAGGGAAGGGAGCUCCACUUCCCCAGGGCCUUCCCCACAGGCUUCCUCCACCAGCUCCUCCAAAGAGCCGCUGAAGGUGAUGCCUGCUCCUCCUCCCAAGGAGAACGCAUGGGCCAAACGAAGCACAGUGAGCACCGGCUCCAGUGAGGGCGACAGUCGGCCUCCCGUCUCUCCGGUCUCAAGUGAUUCUUCUCCUCCUAAGCUCAAUUCUUCAAGUUCUGCCGAUGAAAGAGGAUCUGGAAAGGACGAAAACAAGGCUGAUGGUGUGCAUCGGGACCUGGGGGCCCAACGGGCACGAGGAGGAUCUGCAGGGCCUGGAGCUGGGCGGGGCCGAGGAGAGGGGCCCAACAAAGAGCGAAAAAAGGAGGCAGACAGAAAAGACCCCAGAAGAGACCGAGAGUCUAGACCCGCUCCAGAGCCAAAGAAAUAUGAAGAAUCCCCAACUCCUAAGUUCAGCUCUGCCAGCAAGUACGCCGCUUUGUUAAUGGACGGAGAACAAGGAGAUGAUGGGGAGGAUGCAGAAUAAAGGAAAUGUCACGGCAAGACCUCAGAGCACAAGAGGAGAAAUUGACAAAUUACAAAAUUUAAAAAAAUUAAAAAUAAUCUCACCUAGUUUAUGAAAAAGUAUAAAUAAAAAUAAAUCUCCUCGCAUGGAAAAGUGGCUCUGAGGGCAGGGAGGGGAUGGGAACACCACUCCCACCCUCUUUAUCCUCUACAAACUUGUCCUUUCCCUUCAACCACCCAUUCAUCCUUCUCCCAAGCCCAGCUUCAGGACUUUUCAGGUUCUACAGAAUAGUCACAUACUGGACUUGUUUUAAAAUGGAAAAGAGGAAAAGCUGACACAUGGAAAAGUGAUGGAUAACAUUGAAAUUAAUUGUAAUAAAUAAAUGAAAAAAGUUGGGAAAAAUGAAUUUGUAUAUUUGUGGCUUGCAGGUAUGGCGAGGUGGAAUCUGAAGACACGUAGUUUACUCAGUGGGACCUUUUUUCUAAUCGGUAUUUGACGUGCACAUUUCGUAGGCAAACGCUCACGUUUAUCACAAACCCGUUGUGUUAUCUAGUGAAUAAUUUGGAAUUAUCAAAUCCAUCCCAGCCAAUUUACUAAUUAAAACCUGUCUUUCAGGACUAAAAACCAUGAACGUCGGAAGUACUAAUUUCAAGCUCUUUACCAGUUGCAUAUUUACUCUUCAUCUAGUUAGUCGUUUAAAUAUAUUCCAAAUUGAGCUGACUCUCAGUAUUAGGAGGGAUAAACGCACACACCGCAGUACUGCAGGGUCGAGUUGCAUGUCAAGAAAGAAAAGCAGCCGCUGCACGAUUCUCAUGGAGAGUCCAUCAAGUGCCAUUACGAUGUUUCCCCCCCGCAAUGUACAGAUGUUACUAUUUCUACACUUUCUGAUCAAGUAUUCGCUUCAAUAAAAGGCCUGUGAAGGUCUUGUUUCUGGUGAUGUUAAAGAUUCUCCGCAGCUGUCUGAAGCCUUUUACUCUUCCUGCAUACCUCCACGCUGAUAUAUUUGGAAGGUGUAGACUUUCCUGCAGUAGAGCUUGAAAACUCCCAUGAAAUGACAUGAACUUGUCUUCCAGUUUGCAAUAAAUUUGGGUGGUGAUAUAC